UGAAGAGUAGUGAUUAAAUUUAUAUUCUCUGAUAUAAAUUUUGAUUUUUUCUGGAUUUUAAUUUUUAUUAAACAAAUAUGGAUAGUGAUAGUGACAGUGCUGAUAGUGGAGGUGAAGGAACCAGUUACGGUUUAAAAAAGAAGAUGAAAUACAGUCAGUCCUACAAAUCAGAUUGGGAGAAAGAACCACGCUUCACAGGUUGGCUUAUUAAAAGCCAAAAAGGGAAAAAUUUUGGAUUCUGCAAGGCAUGCAAUAAAGAUAUUAAUAUAUCCAGUGGAAAGGACUCACUUAUAAAACAUACACAGCGAAAAAUCCACGAACAAAAUGUAAAAUCUAUCAAAAGUCAACCGUCCAUGACUAAAUUUGUUACAGACACAAAAAGGAGGCAAAGGGCUCAAGACACCAAAGAAGCUGAGAUACGGCUGGCGGCGUUUGUAGCUGAACAUAAUCUUCCAUUUACCGUUAUGGAGCAUUUGCCUGAUCUAAUAAAAAAUAUAUGUUCUGAUUCCGAAAUUGCUCGUGGUUUGGCUUCUAGCAGAAACAAAACAACGUCGAUUGUAAAAAAUGUAAUUGGCCAGGAAGAAUUUUUGAACGUUUGCGAAGAUCUAAGGCAAAAUAAGUUCUCAUUAAUAGUAGAUGAAUCGACGGAUGUUAGCACCACUAAGCAUCUUUGUUCCGUAGUGAGGUAUCGAAAAAAUAAUGUAAUAAAAGACAAAUUUUUGCUCUAUUACCUUUAUCAAAUGCUGAUGCAAAAACUUUAUAUAACAUUGUUAUAG